CUCAUUUCCAAGCAAGCAGCGAUUAUAAGGAAGCAAACAGAGACGAAUCUUCGAGCCCUUCAAGUCAUGACUCAUAACUACGCACGAUCCCUCGUCAGCGAGCUUUUCGCGCCUUUCGAGCCCAGUAAACACAAGUUUUGGGAUAAAGAGGUCUGUAAACAUUUCUUGGUCAAGUUUUGCCCAAAUAGCUUGUUUACAAACACAAAAUCUGAUCUAGGCAAUUGCGAUCUUAUUCACGACGAGAAACUACGCGAAGAGUAUCAGAAUGCCCCUGACAAAGACAGUUAUCGGUACGAGGAUGAUUUUUUUGAAUACCUGACAUAUCUUCAUAAUGAUCUGGAGAGAAAGAUUCGACGAGGCAAGGAACGCAAGGAUAAGGAAGUUGAUGAAAAUCUACUUAAUCCUCGCAAGGAUGAGAAAGAAGAAAGGAUUGUCAUGCUUGAACAAAAAAUCAAGGAUACACUCGCCAAGGUUGAAGAAGCCGGUGAAGAAGGUCAUGUGGACGAAGCUCAAGCUCUAUCCGAACAAGUCGAGAAAAUGCAGGCAGAUCUCGAACAUCUCAAGUCAAAUGAUGAUGUUAACCCAAUCUUUCGUCAAGAAAACAAGAUGGAGGUCUGUCAUGUUUGUGGUGCCUUCUUAGUCAUGAACGAUACUUCCAACAGAUUGGAUGCUCAUUUACAGGGCAAACAACACACUGGCUAUCAAAAGAUCCACGAAACAUAUGAGGAGAUGAAGAAACAGCGUGGCGAUCGCUAUCACCAUUCAUCGUCAUCAUCAUCCUCUUCCCGCGGACGACAUCGUGAUAAUGAUUAUGGAGGCCCAGGACCCCACCGUGACCACCCCUACAACGAUAGCAGGGAUCGUGAUCGUGGUGGAUACAGGGAUAGCAGGAGUUACCGUGACCAGCCUUACCGUAGAGAAGAUCGUCGGGACCGGGAUCGGGACGGCAGAGACGGAAGAGAUAGGCGUGACAGGAGUAGGGACCGUGGCAGUAGACGGGAUUAUGAUCGAGAUCGGGACUAUAGACGUCGCUAUUAAGUAAGUUCAUAAAAACCUCGCCAUUGGUUUUAAGAAAAGAGGAAGAUAGUAACAAAUAAAAUAAAAUACUUGUAUAGCAUAUAGAC